GCUGGGUAGGUCGUCCUUCGAGGUUAUUUGAAGUUCAUUAUUGCUUAUUGGGCCGCUAAUUUGACUGUCACUUUUUAACGUACAAAUUCAUUAACAAUUUAAUCUUCAAUUAGGUAUACAUAAUGUCUGGAUCAAAUAGAACUAUAAUUAUGAAUAAUGUUCGUUUAUUAAGAAACUUAAACAGGAAUACUGUGAGAACGGUGACUACUAAAUGUCCUAUCAAAGUAGUUCAAGCUUUUAGGUAAUAUUAAUAAUUAAUCAACUGAAUUGUUUGAACUUAAUUUUGUAUAUAUUAUUUCAUUCACGUUGUUAUUGUAGAUGUCAAAAUGCCAUACAAUGGCGUACUGGAAAACGUCCAUCCAUGAAAAAUGUUGGCUAUCGUUUUUAUGCCACAGAUCUCCCUAGCCACAUCAAAGUUGCAUUGCCAGCAUUAUCUCCUACAAUGGAAAGUGGCACAAUAAUUAACUGGUCAAAAAAAGAAGGUAAUAUAAUGUUCAUAAUUUAAACAAAAUAUGAAACGUAAUUUUGUAUUAAAUGGUUUUGUAGGAGAAAAAUUGAACGAAGGUGAUAAAUUAGCUGAAAUUGAAACAGAUAAGGCUAUUAUGGAUUUUGAAACUCCCGAAGAAGGAUAUCUUGCUAAGAUUGUAGUACCUGCUGGUCAAAAAGAUGUUAAAGUUGGAAAGGUAAACAUUAUUACUGUUUUAGAUAAAAAUAUUAAUUUAUACGCCUACAUAUAAUAAAUCAAUUUUUAAUAAUAUUAUUAUUCUCUCGGUCAUUUUAAUGAUACAAUAAAUGGUGUGACCUUCAAGGGCAUUAUUUCAGAGACAAAUUUACAAUUAGGCUGUCUAAGUCACAGGAUAAGCUAUAUUUUAGGACUGAUAUUUUUAAAUAUGUUGGGUGAUAUUUUUAAUUCUUAUUUAUGAUCUGUAAAAUAAAAUAAUAGACAAUAAUUUUGCUAAUGGAAUAUUUCAAUAUGUUGAUUAAUGUAUUAACUCAAGUAAAGUCUUAAAUAUCAAUAUUUUAAAAUUAUUCAUUAAAUAUUAUUUUUGGUGAAUUGUCUUUAAAUAAAAUAUUAUAUUUAUUUGUUAUAUAUAUAUUUUAAUUAUUCAAUUAUGAACUGAUAAAAACCGAUUUGAUUUUAAUUAUUAAAUAUACAUAUUUUUUGUAUCUUGUAUAGAUAUGUUUACCUUAAGAAGGUUAUCACAUUGACUUAUCAACAUGAAAAAAAAAUGUUUUCUUUCUUUGUAUACAAUUUAUCAUAAUAUUAAAUAAUUUGUUUAUUUUUAUUAAAAGUAUAAUACAUGAAUUAUGUUUAUACGUUGUUUUUUUCCAUAAAUCAUCUAAUAAAUCAUACUUUGAAUGUUUUUUUAACCUUAAUAAUAAUUUGGGUUUUAUAGAAUAAUUUUUUUAUAAGCAUUUGAAGUAACAUUGUUAAUAAAAUUUGUUAAACAUAAUAUUAUUAGAUAUGAAUAGAUACUAUAAAAAAACCAAAAAAAAUUUUUUUCCAGCUUGUAUGUAUUAUUGUAGAAAACGAAUCUGAUAUUGCUGCCUUUAAAGACUUUGUUGAUGAUGCCUCAGCAAUUGCACCUCCUUCUGCAGCGCCAUCAGCCCCCAAGCCAGUAGCAUCUUCAACUCCCAAGCCAGCAGCAACUUCUGCGCCUAUUCCAUCACCACCUACAGCUCCAAAAACUGCAGCACCAAUCAAUGUAGGCUCCCGUAUAUUUGCUAGUCCACUUGCAAAACGUUUAGCCACUGAAAAGGGAUUGGAUUUAAGUGUGAGAAUUGUUAAAUUUAUUUAAACUAAAUAUACUUUAAUAUUAAUAACAUUUUAAAUUUCAGUCUAUUUCUCAAGGUUCUGGUUUGUUUGGUUCAAUAAAAUCUACAGAUCUAGUUAAAGCCUCUACGGCUUCAGUUAGUGCUAAAAAACCUGUUGUAGACGGAAUUCGUGGCGAUGGAUUUGUUGAUAAUCCAGUGACAAAUGUCCGAAAAAUCAUUGCACAACGUUUAUUACAAUCCAAACAAGUAAAAAAAAAAAAACAACUUUUUAUAACUAACACUAAUCUUUUUUUUGUUUAUUCACAGACUAUACCUCAUUAUUAUCUUACUGUUGAUUUGAGUUUGGAUAACAUUGUGUCAUUAAGAAAACGUAUGAAUGAAUUGUUGGAAAAAGAAGGUGUUAAAUUGUCCAUUAAUGAUUUCAUUAUUAAAGCUUCAGCUCUAGCUUGUAAAAAAGUUCCAGAAGCCAAUUCAUCUUGGAUGGAUAGUUUUAUUAGACAGUAAAUAUAUUAUAUCAAUAAUAAUCCAUUAGUAUUUAUUAAAUUAUAUCUUAAUACUAUUGUGACACAUUUGAUUUCGAUUAAUAACAUUUAAUAGAUCCAAGGGAGGAAAUUAAUUUAUUGAAUGUUUAAAAUAUAAUAUUUUAUCUUUUAAAGGGAUAUCUUCCUAUAGUAUUUUUAAAAAUAAUUGUAAAUUGUAGGUGUUCAUAAAUUAUAAAAUCUAUUGGUUGCUAAGAUUGCUUACCACAAUUAUUAGUGCUUAUGUGUUUGACCAUCCAUUGAAAUUAUAUUUAAUUAUCCUAUAAUAUUGCAGAUAUGACGCAGUUGACGUAAGUGUUGCUGUGAGUACUGAAACUGGACUUAUAACACCAAUUGUAUUUAAUGCAGAUACUAAAGGGUUAGUGGCAAUAAGUACCGAUAUUAAACAACUUGCUGCUAAAGCCAGAGAAGGUAAACUACAGCCUCAAGAAUACCAGGUAUUAUUUUAAAAGGUUUUGAUAAAUUAAAAUCUUUACGUUGUGUAAAUAUAUAUAUUUUUUUUAUUGCAGGGAGGUACAUUUAGUGUUUCAAAUUUGGGAAUGUUUGGUGUGAAGAGUGUGUCAUCAAUAAUUAAUCCACCUCAAUCGUGUAUACUCGGAAUCGGCUCUAUGACUCAGCGACUUGUACCAGAUAAGACUAAUGGAACACGUGCACAAGAUACAUUACAAGUGACAUUAAGUUGUGAUCAUAGAGUAGUAGAUGGUGCUGUAGGAGCCCAAUGGUUACAAGCAUUUAGACGAUACAUAGAAGAACCUCAUAACAUGUUACUAUAAUACUGACUUAUUGUUUAAGACUAAAUUAGUCAUACAAUGCUGCUUUCCGUAAUAUGUCUGUUUUAUUUUUAUUAUAAAUGUUAUUUGUUGUUUAAAUAGUUUAAAUGCUAACUCAUCAGUAUACAAUCUGUCUGUUUUGUUUUGCACUUGGUCGUUUAAAUGCUAUAAUGAUAUGUUCAGUGGUGUAUUUGAAGGUCUAUUUUGUAUGAAUCAAAUAAAAAUAUUAUAUUAUGAGUAUACAAUUGUACUUCAAAAAAAAAACCAUGCAUUUGGUUACAUUUAUAUGCAUAGCGAAUUAGUAAUUUAUUUUAUAUAAAUUUAUUGUUUUAUUUUCUUAAUAAAUUAAAUGUGUAAAUAAAAUUGAAUUAUAGAUUACUAUUUUUAUCGAUAGUUUGCCUUUUUUACUUUAAAUAAAAAUAGCUUUGUAAGGUUUGUAGUUAUGAUAACUUCUUAAUGCUCUAGUAUAUUUACCAUAAUAAUUGCAUAGAAUACAGAAAAUAAUUUCCAAUACACCACUGAGUAUAUUACACAGACUAAAUUAAUAUACUAGUCAUGUGUAUACCAAUUGUAUUGCUAGCUGUGUGUUAUAUGACACAGUAAAACAUAUAAUAUACUCAGUUUAAAAUAAUUGUUUUAUUGUACACAGUAUCCAAAAUUGCCUACUUUUGUUACAUGUAGCAAAUGUGAAUACGCCUAGUCCCAUAAUUUAAGAAAUUUGUAAGUAACAACUAUAGUGAAUUACACAACUGCCAACAAAACUCACGUAAAAUGAUUAACAGUAAUAUUUAUAUUUCAUAGCUAUAAGACAUAAAAUAAAAAUUGUUUAAAAUGUUAUAAAAUAUGUUUACAGAAUAGUACCAAAUGAUAUUUGUUUCCAAUUCAUUUCACCUGGAAAAUGAAAAAAAAAAUGAUAAUAAAUGAUUACAAUAAAAUAACGACUUGUUCUAUUUAAUAAAUAAAUCUAAAUUAUAUAAUUUUAAGAUUAAGCUUGUUGAAAAAAGAAUACCAUCCUAACAAUAAAACCAUCUGAUAUGAUCAAAACUUUCAAUAUUUUAGUUUCUGAAAUUCAUCAAAUUUUUACAUUAUUUUAACUAUUUACCAUCAAUUUCUUAUAUUACUCAGGCAUUCCUCAAAAUUAACUACAAUACAAACUCCAACUACAAUAUUAUAAAAAAGAUUUAAUUGAAUUUUGUAAGUUUUAUAAUUGUAUAAUAUGUACCUGAAUAAAUUAUGAAAAACAAACAUAAAAUAAUAACAAUAACUCACCUAAGGCUAAUGACCAUUGAGAUUGUAAAUUACUGUUUUUGUUAGUUAAAUCUUUGAUUGUAAAAACCUUUGCAGUAUUUUGAGAGUUAAUCUUUACUGAACUUGUAUAUAAUUUUACUAAUUUGACAAUAUUGUACUCUUGUUUUACUUUUAAUGGAUUUGAUUGUAUUCGUAAUAACCUAUAAUUCAAUCAACAUGUUAGUAAAUAACCAAAUAGGUUUUAUUAUUAUUAUUAAUAUAAAAUUACCAUUUUAAAAACACUACAGUAUGUGAAUGUGGUGAAUUUAAUGCAGUUCUUAAAACAAGGUUUGAAUCUAAAUCUAAAGUUUUGCAUGUCAUACAGUUAUCAUUUUCAUUAUGUUUGAUUUCUAUUUUUUUACUAUUUUUAAAUACAACUAUGCAUAGUUCAAUGAUCCAUAAAGCAGCAACACGAGAAUUCUGAGUAACUAAACAUUGUAACAAAUUGGUCAAUAGACCAGAAGUGGUGAAUAAUUUCAAUAAAACACUCCACACAUCUUUAUCUGUUUUAGAAAUUCUACCUA